AUGGCUACCGAAGAGUUGGUGACUGAGCAAUUUCAAUUUUUGGGCAUAGAUGUACAAAAAGAAGUAUUAACAAAAUGUGUAAGUUUAUGUGAAGAGUAUAACGUAGACCCGGAAACUUUUAUUGAACAAUGGAUGGCGUUCAGCCUGACUCACUUAAACGGUUCUCCGCCUACUUUAGAAAACUUGGAUUUACUUGAGAAAAAGGAAUUUUCCAAACUGACUGCUACUAGGCUCAACGCUCUUCUCACUAACGAAGCGGCAAACACCGGCGCAAGUUUGACGGUUUACGGAGCACAGGUUCCUGUUCAGUCAGACAGUGAUGUUCUUUCGGGCUAUAUGACUACAUCACCUAAGAGAAUUAAGUUAGAAAAUGAAACUAUAACUGCACAAAGUGAAUUACAUCCUGCAACAUACUCUGCUAUUGUUGCUAAAUCUGCCAAAUAUGCUGCGCGAAAUAACCCAGGCACAAUCGUCCAUUCAUAUGGGACUGAUAAGCUGUUACAGUCUUUUACUGAUGCGACUGGCCUCAAUAAUUUAUUGGAGUUAUGUAUCACUCAAAUACCGAACGACGACGGAGAUGUUUAUUCGAGAGCCAUGUUUGGUUUUGAGCUCUUACAUGAAAAGGCUAGCAACUUUGACAACCAUAUACACUAUUUAUCUCAAUGUAUAAUGAAAAAGGCUGGCUUCUCGGAACUGUCUUCGACAGAAAUCACAGUGAGCGGGCGAAUAGAGUGCGAUGCAGACGCUAGGUUGAAUUCUAAAAGUGUCGUCCUACAGGGCACCUGGGAAACAUCGCUCAGUCAAGCUGUAACAGUUGACACGAACAGUUUGAAGCAGUAUUCACUAUUUCCCGGACAAGUCGUCGUAAUGAGAGGAUUAAAUCCUCGUGGUGACCGAUUUAUACCGCACGAGGUAUUCUGUGAUGCUUCACAACCUAUACCGGAUUCAAAAGCCGACAUGAUGAACUCUUUGAAAGGAACUCUGGCGAUGGUUACAGUAGCAGGCCCUUAUACAACAUCUGAUAACUUAGCAUAUGAACCAUUGAAGGAUUUUAUUAAUUACGUCGGCACACAUAAACCACAUGUUGUGAUUAUGACCGGACCCUUUAUGGAAUGUGAUCACAUUAAAGUCAAUGAUCAUACAAUGGCGGAGACAUACAAAAGUUUUUUUGAUAAAUUGGUUGAUAGCCUAGGUGAAUUAAAUUUGACAAGUCCCUUCACUAAAAUUUAUAUCGCAUCAAACUAUAAGGACAUAUUUCACAUCAACAUUUAUCCUACGCCGCCUUACUCGAGCCGGCGGAAACAUCCCAACAUACAUUUUGUGCCCGAUCCCUGUACACUCAAUAUUAGCGGCAUUGUAGUAGGUGUCACGGGCGCUGAUGUUCUCAUGCAUAUUAGUCAAGAGGAAAUUUCGCAUGGUAUGGGCGGCGAUAAGCUCGCCCGUUUAGCAAGUCACAUAGUGAUGCAGCAAACAUAUUAUCCCCUGUGGCCGCCGCCCGCCGGCCUGUGCCUGGACGCCGCGUUGUGGACCGCUCACGCACAGUUGCCGUGCACGCCACAUAUUCUAAUUCUACCAUCUAAUUUCAGAUACUUUGUUAAGGAAGUGAAUGGUUGCGUGGUUGUAAAUCCAGAGCACCUGACGAAAGGUCCCGGCGGAGGCACAUUUGCCAGGAUUCUAGUUUCCAACAAUGAUGAGCUGCCGAAAAGCGUUGCUGCACAAAUCGUUCGCAUU